CCUAAGAGAGCAUCGAGUGUUGUAGCAAAGUUAAUGGGACUGGAAGAACUCCCAGAUUGCACACAAGCUUGUGAUACUUCUUCACAAAUGUCUUGCAUGAGUGAUGGAUAUAACCAACACCAAAGUCCAGUUUCCCCUAUAACAAGAAACCAGUGCUUGGGGACUUCUAGAAGGGACAAUGCCUUAAUCGGAAAUUCACGAUUUUCACUUGAACCAAUCCCAUGGAGGCAACCUGAUGCAAGCCAAGAUCCUGAUUUACAAGUUUCCAAGGGAAGUGAGACUUUGACAACAGCUUCAAAACCCUCCCACUCUGUAUAUGGUGAAAUUGAGAAAAGGAUUGCAGAUCUUCAGUUUAAAAAUUCAGGAAAAGAUCUCAGAGCCCUUAAGCAGAUUCUGGAAGCAAUGCAGAGAUACAGAGAUUCACUAGAUAUUACAAGAGACCAGGAAACAAAUUACCCUUCUGACAGAGGUCUGAGUGAAAGCUCGAAACUACAGACCCCAAGACAACAGACCAACCCAACAUUUGUCACUGAUGAUAUUUCAAGUUCACCCCGGGGUAAAAAGUUUCCAAUUAUCAUCAUGAAGCCAGCACAAAUCUCAAGAAAAUCCAAUGUCGCUACCAAAGAAAUGACUAAUGGCAAAUCAGGCCGCAUCAAGUUUUCUACCAAUGAUCCCAAAGAUGGAAGAUUGCUUGACAAUAUUCAAAGUCAAACAACAAAAGGAACCAGUUCAACAAAUCCUUUUAGUCAACGCUUCCAUUCUGCAGAUAAGAGUAACAUAAAGAAAACUUCAAAAUUAAUGCAAGCCUCAAAAGUCCCUCAGGUCAUCAAUGGAGAGGACACCAAUAACUCCAGCCAUACAGCAGAGACUAGAAGCCCAAGAGUACAAAAUAAGUUCAGUUUUGAGAAGCGAUCACCUACAAACUAA